GAAGCUGUAGGCAGGCAGCGGAGUUGGUACGAACAUCUUCGACUUCACGAACCAAAAACACCUCGGCUGCUCUUCAGCGGCUCUGCUCGCAAAUAUGCCUCGGACCGGCCGCUGCUUUGGAGGUAUAUGCCGGAUUUAGCGCCUUAUCUGCUGCGGGGAAGAUGACUGAAUUCGGAGCAAGCAGCGCAGGAGAAAGUGUGCCUUGUUUGGAGCUGAACGGGUCGUGUGCCACAACAUAGUACUCGCAGCGGAGGCCAGCCCCAGCAGCCUGUAGCAAUCGUUAGCUGGCCGACUAACGCUAGCGUGCAGGUGUUUUGGCUGUAAACAACGUAACAUAACUUGUAGCUGUAGUUAGCUGGCAGCAACCUCGGUUCCAACGUCUUGCCUCAACAUUGAGCUCAAUGUGCCUGCUUUAAAGUUUUUAAGCAAACGCCAAGCAGCAAGUGUUACACUUAGCAGCAUUCUUAUUAGCAGUUAGCAGCUGCUGGGUGUUUACAGGAGCAGCAGGCUGGCCACAUAGCCACAAAGCUAGCGACUUAACUUUAUUGCUACAUGUGCUUUUUUCCAUCUUUUUUUAUAGAUAUUUUUUCCGCUGUUUAGCCCGAAUUGACCUCGGACUCACACUCUGCUUUAGUUACUCUGCUUUUUAUUAAGUGAGCCAGUUUGUGUUGUUUCACCGUUGUAAAGCCGGGACUGACCCACCCAUAAGGACAAUUUACCCGGGGCCGAUGCUGACGGUUCAGCCCGGAUCACGGCAACACCAGGAGCCGCUUCAGCAAUGCAGCCCCAGCAGAUAUACGACUUUUCAAGUGACGAGAAUAGUCACAAAUGGAGAGGCCUCUUCGUGCAAGCUCUACGAAAGGUACAGAAGCAGGUCCACCCAAACCUGACAGCAAAGGAGGAUGCCCUCCAGUAUAUCGAGGAGCUUAUCUUGCAGCUUCUCAACAUGCUGUGUGUGGCCCAGCCUCGCACUGUACAAGAUGUAGAUGAACGCGUCCAGAAAACUUUCCCCCACCCUAUAGAUAAGUGGGCAAUUGCAGAUGCCCAGUCAGCCAUUGAGAAACGCAGGAGAAGACACCCCUUACUACUUCCUGUGGAUAAGAUACAUCCAUUGCUCAAGGAGGUUUUGGGCUACAAAGUGGACUACCAUGUGUCCCUAUACAUUGUGGCAGUGCUUGAAUACAUAUCAGCAGAUAUACUGAAACUGGCAGGAAACUAUGUUGGCAACAUUCGGCACUUUGAAAUCACCCAGCAGGACAUCAAAGUGUCCAUGUGUGCAGACAAAGUGUUGAUGGACAUGUUUGACCAAGAGGAGGAUAUUGGGUUGAUGUCGCAGUGUGCAGAGGAGCCCUUGUCCUCGGGGGAGCUCACGUAUGAUGACCUGGUGAGGCUUGAAAUCGCAGAGGAGCGGCAGUACCUGAGAGAGCUGGACCUCAUUGUCAAAGUGUUCCGCAGACACUUCCUUCACUCCAAAGUUUUCACAAACGAGGAUGUCGAGGUGGUUUUCAGUAACAUCCUAGACAUCCACGAGUUGACUGUGAAGCUGCUCGGGUUGAUUGAGGACGCUGUUGAGAUGACUGCUGAUGGCAGCCCUCAUCCGUUGGUGGGCAGCUGCUUUGAAGAUCUGGCGGAGGAGCAGGCCUUCGAUCCCUACGAGACUUUGUCUCAAGACAUCCUCGGCGGGGAAUUUCAUUCACAUUUCAACAGCUUGAUGGCACGACCAACAGUUGGCCUCUACUUCCAGUCAGUUACAGAAGGCUUUAAAGAAGCUGUGCAAUAUAUCCUUCCCCAGCUGAUGAUGGUCCCAGUGUACCACUGUAUGCACUACUUUGAGCUACUGCAGCAACUCCAAGAGCGCAGUCAAGACUUAGACGACAGAGAAUGUCUGAAACAGGCACUUACAGCUCUGCUUAACCUUCAAUCUAGCAUGGAGCGAAUUUAUGCCAAACACCAGCCUCGACGUAAACCUGGAGAGCCAAUGUAUCGUCUGUAUAGCAGGCAGAUUCGUAGCAAACAGCUAGCCAUCAAACGCAUGAACGAGAUACAGAAAAGCAUCGACGGCUGGGAGGGGAAAGACAUCGGUCAGUGCUGCAGCGAGUUCAUCUUGGAGGGCCCGCUUAUACGUGCAGGUGCUAAACACGAGAGACACAACUUCCUUUUUGAUGGCCUGAUGAUCAGCUGUAAGGCCAAUCAGAGUUCACGGCUCCCGGGAGCGGGUAGCGGGGCGGAGUUCCGUCUGAAAGAGAAGUUUGUUCUGAGGAAGGUCAGCAUUACGGACCGCGAGGACUCGCCAGAGCUGCGGAACGCCUUUGAACUGGUAGCCAAAGAUGAUACCCGUGCCGUUUUCUGUGCUCGGACAGCAGAGGAGAAGGAAGCGUGGAUGGCAGCGCUGGUGACUCUGCAAUACCGGUCUACUUUAGAUCGCAUGUUGGACACGGAGCUGCAGCAAGAGGAGCAGGCACAGCCUCUAAGACUGCCCUCUCCAGAGGUGUACCGUUUUGCAGUGCAGGACUCUGAGGAGAAUAUAGUGUUUGAGGACAAAGUGCAGAGCAAAACAGGAAUCCCCAUCAUUAAAGCCGGCACAGUGGACAAGCUCAUAGAGAGGCUCACAUACCAUAUGUAUGCUGAUCCCAAUUUUGUUCGCACAUUUCUUACCACAUACCGAUCAUUCUGCAAGCCGCACGAGUUUCUCACCCUGCUGAUAGACAGGCUUACGAUUCCAGAUCCAGAACCAACAGACGAAGACAGACAGAUACUGAUGACCAGUGAUCAUCCGAUGGUAGCCCAGCUCCAAAGGUUCCGAAAGGAAUACGUGCAGCCGGUCCAACUCAGGGUUCUCAAUGUUUUCCGUCAGUGGGUUGAACAUCAUUUCUACGACUUUGAGAACGACGCAGAGCUUAGAAGUCGAUUAGAAGAAUACUUCACCACCAAAAUUCAACUGCGAGGCAAGUCCAUGAGGAAAUGGGUGGAGUCCAUCAAUAAGAUCAUCAGGAGAAAGAUGCAGCCUCAGACAAACGGCGUCAGUCCCAGCAUCACAUUUGAGAGCUCGCCUCCUCCCAUCGAGUGGCACAUCUGCAGAAGCGGCCAACUGGAGUUGUUUGACCUCAUGACCCUUCACCCCAUAGAGAUUGCACGUCAGCUGACACUGAUCGAGUCUGAGCUGUACAGAGCUGUUCGGCCCUCCGAGCUGGUCGGCAGCGUCUGGACCAAAGAGGACAAAGAGAAGCACUCUCCAAACUUGCUCCGCAUGAUUCGCCACACUACCAACCUUACUCUGUGGUUCGAGAAGUGUAUUGUGGAGACAAUGAACCUGGAAGAGAGGGUGGCGGUGUUCACACGGGUCAUAGAGAUUCUGCAGGUUUUCCAGGAGCUCAAUAACUUCAACGGUGUGCUGGAGGUGCUCAGUGCCAUCAACUCUGUUGCAGUCUACAGACUUGAUCACACCUAUGAGGCAGUACCAGAGAGGAAAAGGAAAAUCCUGGAAGAGGCUGCAGAACUGAGCAAGGACCAUUUUAAGAAAUACUUGGCUAAACUCAAGUCGAUAAACCCACCCUGUGUGCCUUUCUUUGGUAUCUAUUUAACCAACAUACUGAAGACGGAGGAAGGCAACCCAGACUUCCUGAAACGCCACGGGAAGGAUCUGAUCAACUUCAGCAAGAGGAGGAAAGUGGCGGAAAUCACAGGAGAGAUCCAGCAGUAUCAGAACCAGCCCUACUGUCUGAAAGUGGAGCCCGAGAUGAGGAAAUUUUUUGAGAACCUGAACCCGAUGGGUAACCUGAGCGAGAAGGAGUUUACUGACUACCUGUUCAUAAAGUCUCUGGAAAUAGAGCCUCGGAAUUGCAGGCAGCCUCCUCGAUUUCCCAGGAAGACUGUGUACAGUCUGAAAUCCCCGGGUAUCCGCCCCGUGCGAACGUCUACCUCUGGCACCCUAAAGGGCCACCCUGUCCCCCUGGAGAGGGACCCCCCACAUAAGAUCACCUUCCGGAGUAUCAAUGAGAACGAUUCGGAGUCGCUGGUUUCGGUGCCCACCUCUCCGAACACGCCCACUCCCCCACAGUCGGCCACUCCUGACUUUAGCUCAGUUUUCACAGAGCACGACCAGCUCAGCAACUCCUACGGUGGUAGUAGCAACUCCAUAUUUGCUCCAGUUCUCCUGUUUACUGGAAAGUUACAGUCUGCGUCUUGUGGUAGCCUCCACCACCUCGGAGAGGAGCUAAAGCCACCACCUCUGCCGCCUCGAAGGAAAGACACCAUGUCGGACACUAAACUGAGCUCCAGGUCCGACAGCCCUCCUGCCAUCCCUCCCCGGGUGCCGCCUCCUCUGCACAGGAACCAGCCUCGACCCCCAGUCUACAACGGCCCUCCCACCGAUGGCCCCUUGCCCAGCCCUCCACCUCCACCACCACCCCGCGACCCCAUCCCAGACACGCCUCCCCCGGUGCCCCAGCGACCCCCGGAGAUCUUCAUCAACUACCCUGUCAACCAGCCUUCGCCCGUGGGCCGAUAUACCUGGGAUUACAGCAGCUCGCCCAGUUCCCCAAACACGCCACCCAGCACACCGUCCCCUCGCAUUACCAGGCGGGGCUGCUCUCUCAGCGCCAGCCAGAAUAGCCUCUGCCCUCUCUCUAUUCCCACCUCUGCUCCACCCGUCCCCCCUCGCUACAACUCUAGCCCACACCUCCCUAAACUCCCACCAAAGACAUACAAAAGGGAGCCGCUACAGGCGCCAGUACAAAGCCUCUCGCUGGUGGAGAACACCGACAGCAGCCACUGAGCCAA